UGUAAAUCAAAGGCAAGUAAACAAUCUCUUUAUUUCCCCCAUCACCACAUCCCUCGUCCCACCCUGUCCCGCAGACUGUGAAUGAAAGCAGCCAGCAGUUGUGGACAAGGCUGGGGGAGCUGGGGGAGGAGAGGAGUACAAGGGAUUAGAAGGGGGUGGUGACGGAAUCCUGGAGAAAUGAAGAGAAAAGAAGCUUUUGUCCGGGACCAGAUAACUUAACGCCGUCACACCCCCUCCCCAUGACUACAUUGGCACAGUCCUUCCCAUCCCCUGCUGCUAAUCCCCCACAAAACAUUACUUUUUUUUCGCUCUCUCAUUUUCCCGGAGAGUGCCUGAAAUUCCAACACUUCCUGCCAGGAACCUCCCGUCUCCGUCUCUCUCUCCGUCUUCCUCUCUCUCUCUCUCACCCUCCCUCUCUCCUCCCUCCCCUUCUUUUACCCUCCCUACCCUCAAAUCCAACCCCCCUCCCUACCUACGCCGGAGAGAAUUGUUUGAAAGAAAUGUUUCGCUCUGUGCUGUGGAUACUCUGCUUCGGAACCACGACUGCAGCGAGUGGAUCACGGAUCACGGAGCAGCCACAGGAUCAGGUGGUGGUGGCUGGAGACAGUGCCCUCCUCUCCUGCGCUGUAUUCAACUACUCCGGUAUUGUCCAAUGGACCAAGGAUGGACUGGCACUUGGAAUGGGGAACGGACUUCCAGCGUGGCCUCGGUAUCGGAUUGUGGGCGACACGGAAAAAGGGGAACACAAUCUGCAGAUCCAGGAGGCGGAGCUGUCGGAUGAUGCUGUCUAUGAGUGCCAAGCUACAGGAGUCGCCCUCAGGUCUGACACAGCAACAUUGACUGUGCUGGUUCCCCCCGACGAGCCGGUGAUUGAUGGAGGCCCAGAGAUCUUGCUGAGGGCUGGCUCCACAUACAACCUGACCUGCCGAGCCAGUGGAGCCAAACCGGCCGCACACAUCGUCUGGCAUCGAGACGGCGCUGCCCAGGAUGGGGCGGCCACCUCCAAGACGGUGAUGGAUGAUGGGAAGCGGGAAACCACCACCAGCAUCCUGACUAUCAGCCCGACUGACCUGGAUAUCGGACGGCACUACACCUGUCGUGGCAGCAACAAGGCUCUGCCGGGGGGCAAGGAGACAACAGUGCGACUCAACGUGCACCACCCACCAUCUGUCACCUUGUCAAUCCACCCCCAGAAAGUGCGAGAGGGAGAGCAUGUGGUCUUCACCUGCACAGCCAAUGCCAACCCUGCCAUCAAAGCAUACAGGUGGGCGAAGGGUGGUCUGCUGAUUGAGGGAGCGCGAGGCAGUGUGUUUGAGACGUCGGUGGACCACACCUACUUCACAGAGCCUGUCUCCUGCGAGGUGCAGAACGCAGUGGGAAGUACGAACGUCAGCUCGCUGGUCGAUGUGGAGUUUGGACCACGUAUGGUUGAGGAGCCAGUGACGACAACAGCUGAUAUGGGGGACAGUGUGGUGCUCAGCUGUGUGUGGGUGGGAAACCCGCCAUUGACCUUGACGUGGACAAGGAAAGGAUCCAAUGUGGUGCUGAGCAACAGUAACCACCUGUACCUGAAGGCCAUCACCCAGGCGGAUGCAGGACCGUACGUGUGCAAGGCCAUUGUCCCUCGUAUCGGGGUUGGCGAGAGAGAGGUCACCCUCAAGGUCAAUGGCCCUCCAAUUAUAUCGAGCGACGGUGUCCAGUAUGCGGUGGAGGGCAGUCGUGGACAAGUGGAGUGUUACAUCGCAAGUUCACCUCUCCCAGACCGUAUUGCAUGGGCUUGGAAAGAGACAGUGUUGGAGUCAGGCACAUUCGAGAGGUACAUGGUGGAGACAGUGGGGACUGUCUCGGGUGUCCGAUCCACCCUCCUCAUCAGCAAUGUUGCUGAGUCAGACUUCGAGACUCUCUACAACUGCACUGCCUGGAACUCCUUUGGCCCCACCACUGCCCUGAUCCAGCUUGACAAACAAGAUGUGCUUCCCAUAGGAAUCAUCGUUGGCAUCACAGCCGGGCUCGGGAUCCUGCUCAUCCUGGUCCUGACCAGCGUGGCCGUCCUCUUGUAUCGGAGACGUAAACGCAGUCGGAAAGAUGUGACCCUGGGGAAACAUGAUAUUAAAGUGGAGACGGUGAACAAAGAGGAUCCACUGAGCAGCAAGGAACUUGAAGAGGAUGACUCCAGCAUUUCCACAGCCACUCGUGUCAUGAAAGCUGUGUACACGGCAUUCAAAGAGGACAUCGAUCUGAAGUCAGAUCUGCGCCCCGACAUCAUCGAUACACGAGAGGAGAGUGAACUCAAGGACCCGACCAAUGGUUACUACAACGUGCGGGGACAAGAGGAGCGGCCGGCAUCACGGACCCUGCUGUACACUGACUACAGACCAACCGCGGGGCCGCGCUUCGACCCACGUCCCCCCUCCCGUCUUUCACACGCCAGCGGUUACGCCCAGGCUCCAGGUGUAUCCUCACUCGGGGGCUCGGCUUUCGGAAGACUGCCCGACUUUCCCAGCGAGGGGGGCGCCGACGCAGUCAGUCAACUAUCGUACGAGCCCUUCGCCUACCCGCAUUACGGCCUGGCCGUCUAUGGCCGACCCUACGACCCCUUCGACACCGCUCAUAAGUUCGGCGGCGCCGCCCGUUUCUCCUACUCAUCCUCGCAGUCCGAGCACGGCAGGCCCUUCCAGCAACGCAUGCAGACUCACGUCUGAUGGGUCGCCGCCCCACAAACCCAACCAUCGCUCCACCUCGUCCCACAACCCAGCCCACAGAUGGACCAAGCCCUUCAUGUUAACAUAACCCUACCCUCAUCCAACUUCUCCAGGCUUCCACUCCACCCCCACCACAUACUCAUGUCUGAGAGUCCCACAUCCCAACCCCCAAUACACCACGCUUGUGCAACCCCCACCCCAUCCACCACUAACAUAGACACACAUCAAUGCGCACCAACCUCAUUCCUCCCGAUACAACCACUUUUCCCAGCACCCUCACCCACUACCCCAACCACUUUUCCCAGCACCCUCACCCACUACCCCAACCCACCCCACCCAUAUCCAUUGCAGACCUUUGUCUAAGCGUACCCCAUCUCCACCUGUGUCCGGGACUACCUACAAUCUGUGUUGCCCACACCCCGGGCUGGAGUGAAGACCGCUCGGGGGAGGCUGGCAUACAAGGGGGAGGAGAGUGGACAUGACCGGACCGACCCCAUCCACCCAGCAGGUGCCUUUCGAAUUGUGACCAAUCAGUGUUGAAGUGGGCAAAGAGCCGGCACCACUCAACAGUCGGAAGACGGAGAGUCCGGGAAUCAAGUUGGGUCCUUGAUCUAAGCCACUGCUCCCUCUUUCCGUUUCUCCACCUUUUUCGUUGUGAUUCCCUCCUUCCCCUUUCUCCCCCUAUUACAUUCCUACCAUCCCCCACUCCGCAACCCUUCUCCUAAUCCCCUCCUCCACAUCCCCUCCCCCACCUCUUCCCAUCGCCCCCCACCCCCACCUUUCCUUAUCCUCGUCCUUAUCCCCUGCCUCUCCCCAUACCUCCCACACUUCUCCCCUGACCCACCUCUCUCAUUUCCCCCUCCCACCUCUCCCAUUCAGUCAGUUGCAUUCCUCUCUCCAACCCAGUUCCCACCAGGGAACCAAAGGCCUGUCCUUCCUGGAUCUGUGACCUCGGGGGGGAUAGCUACCCUUCGCUUUCCAACUGUGAGUGUGCGCUGCCUCAGCGACCCAUCGCGAGAGCAUGUAUAUAUUUAUACUUCCUCUGGUCAAGUCUAUUUUAUAUAAACCGUGUGUGUGAGUGUGUAUGGACACAGGCGAGAGGAUGUGAAUAUAUAUAUAUAUAAAUAUAUAUAUAUAUAUUAUUAUAUAUAAGCAGGGGACAAGCCCCUCUAUAUCAAAACAGAGCUUCCAAUUGUAUCACGACAGAUGGACAACGACCCAUUUGCGACGUGAGGAACAUUCCAGAUGGUGGUGAGAGAUCAGGAACUUGACCAAUCCACCAAGCAUUGACUAUUCUCCUGAAUAACCUCUCCCUCGCAAAAGGCAUGUGACAGGACGCAUCAUCCCGUGCGCCUUCCUCGGUACUGUGUGAUAGGGAUGUGUAGAGGUGCUUCACUCUGUAUCUGUAAGGUGCCCUGGGAGUGUGUGAACGAGACAGGGUAAAGAGAGCUUCACUCUGCAAUGUAUCCUGCCCCUGCACUUAGUCUGAGGACCACAAUCCCAAACCACAGUUCCACGAGUCCGGCGGGUACUCCCCCUUCGAUCAGAGGCCGUGCCCCUGUCGACAGGUUGGGGGAGAGUGUCACCCCUUGCCCGCUGCCCUUCGCAUGUGGCAGUUACCGCCGUGUUUGGGCUGUUGCCAUUGAGAGAACUACCACAAUUGUAAGUUUUGAAGUUGAUUUAAAACUAUUAAAAUGGUAUAUUAAAGGUUUA